AUAGUGAGUACGUGCGGUUCGGUAAACGUUAAGUUAAACUGUAAUUAACGAAUAUUAUCUUAUAUAGAUUUUUUUUUCAUAUUGGUAGCGAUUUCGCAUUGACGUGCUUUAGCUUUGGCUUUACUUAGCUUUGGCUUUGCUUUGACGUAUAAACAAGUGAAUGGAAAACGAACUGUUGGGAGCGGAGUAGACGGGAGUUAAGGCUGUCAUCGCUGAUCAUUGCUUGCUUGCACCUAGUUGGAAUUGUAGUGAUUGUACUUAUUCUGAUUUUGUUGACAAAUGAGCGGUUUGUUUACAUUUGAACUAUAAAAUACAGCAAAAUGCCGGAGAAGCCCUUAUAUUUGGCCCAAAACUUGGAUGAGCUAAAUAAGCUGGUGACCAAGAGUUCAUUUGGUAAAAGAUUGGAAAUGUUGUAUCGAGUAUCAGAUACAUUAUAUAAGAAGACACUAGAACUGAAGUCAGCCGAUGUUAUUGAUGAAGAGCUGUUGUAUAUUGUUUGCAUGAGGUACCUGAAUUUGGUCAACAAUAUCAAGUUGCAAGUAAAGGAUGAACGGUUCCAUCACAUGCGCUUCUCUAAACAAAUACAGGUUGUGGAAAACAUAAAGAAUGCUUGUGAUCUGUCUCUGCAAGAGAGAUAUAUAAAGAAUGAACCUAUAAAUCUCAAUGAAACUUCCAUAAAAGAGGCCAUAGCAGAAUUGGAUGGAAGCAAAGAUAUAAAAGAGAUGCAUGGUAUAAUGCAACACAUUAAAGAUGGAGAUGUAUUUACUAACGUCGAUUCUUUAUACAAAUUGAUAAUUGAUGAUAGUGUACAAUUAUUAAUAAUUGAUGCAAGACCUACUCAAGAUUACUUAGAGUGCUCCAUCAAGUAUCAUAAUGUUGUUCAUGUUCCUGAUGAAAUUAUACGAAAAGGACUAUCUACAAAUACUCUUCAGAUGAAACUCAGUCCUGAAAAUGUAACAUUAUUUAGGAAGAGACAUGAUUUUCAUGUGAUUGUACUCAUUGACACAGACACUACAAGAAUUUCAUUCUCUAGCUCUAAAUUGGAAGAUCUCAGAACCAUUCUAGUUGAGUGGGACUUGGAGCAAAAUUAUAAGAUUCUACCACUGGUUGUUGAUGGCGGUAUCAAAACGUGGGCCGAUCACUAUCCAUCAUUCGUAACAAACCCCUCAAAGAUUUACAAUCAAUUUUAUGGGAAGCUUGAUGAAUUGAUUGAUGAUAUUGAGUAUCCGGACUUGUCGCAUGCAGAUAAAGUGAAGGGGGAAGAGAAAUCCGACAGCCAGAAAAUGGUGAAUGAUAUUAAGAAUGAUGGUUUUCCAUCGACAAGAAUUUUACAAAACAUUGUUACCUUGGCCGAGCAUCAACUCACAUUAGAAACUAAUUUGUUAAAUUUGGUUGAGAAGAGAUACCAUCUGAAAAAAGACAUGAUCAACUGCAUAUCUCAUGGCAUGAAAUCACGUGCGCUCGAUCUUAAGCAACUUAUGAAAAAUAUAUCCAAAGGCGAGUCAUAUAAAAUCGAAUUGAACGAGAGACGCAAUCUGCUAGAUGUUGAAUAUAAUGAUAAGAAGACAAAUGAUGACGGACACCUUCUCAAGGAGAUGCUUAAUGAUAUCCAAGUGUUGGACCGUAAAAAGCUUCUGAAGUAUCAACAGCGGAAGAACAUUGAGAUUAGGGAAUCGCCGAUGGACAGGGAGUUGAACUACCCAGCGAUUGAAAAAUCGGUCAAGAAAAGACCAGAGAUUCCUGAUAGGAAACAAAAACCACUUGAUUCUAAGAACUACUUACAGAAUACAGAACUAAAAGAUCGUUUCCGCAAAUCAGGACAUACUGGUCUUUUCAACAUUAAAAAUACUUGCUAUAUGAAUUCCCUGGUACAGUGUUUGAGAUUUUGCCCGAUGUUCUUGUUCAGUUUAACCCUCCAAAAGUGGCCGAACGACAAGAACUACCGCUUAAUCUAUUCUAUAACUGACUUGCUUAAAACAAUGUGGGGCGAAGAACGGGCUUCCGUUCGUCCAAGUUCUUUCUAUGGAGCAGUCUGCAGUGCAGACACUGAUAAAGGAUACUCCAAUGGACGUCACGAGGAUGUCCACGAAUUUUAUAUCUUUCUGACCAAGUGUCUUCACAACGAAGUUAAAACUAUGGUAGAAACAGACAACCGUGAUUGCACUGCUAGAUUAAAAGAUUGGUACAAUACGUUUGAGAAUACAAACUCAUUCAUCAAUCGCACGUUUUAUUAUCAAAUAGAAAUUACAACAAAUUGCGAGUUCUGUAACAGGGUUACUGUAAAGUACGACUACGGUAACACUAUAUUUCUCUCGCUUCCUGAGGACGGAAGAUCAAUUUCAUUGCAAGAUUCUCUUAGGAGUAAUCUUGAGGAGAAAGAUGAGACAACUUCGAAGUUUUGUACGCUGUGCGAACGUCGCAACAUGCAAAAGAAAAAAAUAACAUACUAUCCUACAAUCUUGUGCAUCAAUAUUGUCAGGUACGCUUUCAACCGGCGGGAAAACUGUAUAUUGCGUCGCAACAAUGAAUGCUACUUCCAAACGGAAAUCCAUUUCGGGCUGCACAAGUAUAUCUUAAGCUCUGUCAGUCUGCAUUCCGGGAAUCGUGAUGUUGGGCACUACACAGCUCUAUGUCACAACACGUUGACCAAAAAGUGGAUCGAAUUUAAUGAUGAGUCCAGCUCAUUCGUGUCUCCUCAAGACACCAAGUACAGGGUUCAGUGCUACAUGUUUUUUUAUUCACUGAUUCAGAGUUCUGAUGAUGUGAAUAAAUCCUUUUUCCAACAAUGAAUAUUUUAUUUGUGAUACAAUGUUAGUGCUAAAUUAUGUUGUCCCUUACAAGGGAUUAUACGCUUUCAUUCCUAUAUCAAGCUUUAUGAUUAUAUAUAUAUAUGUAUACAAUAUAGUAGUUUAAUUAAAUUGCAAGGCAAAUGUAUAUCUUCACAAAUAAGAAUAAUGAUGUAAAUAUUAUUUGUAUAAAUAUAUAUAUAUAUUAAAACGUGUGUCAAAAAAAACCUUAUAAGACUGAUAUAAUCGGUUUGGACACAUUUGGUACUAAUACUGAUACUGGUUAUUUUUUUAUUUAAGAUUUUAGUGCACGCACGUAACAGUGCGGCUUAUUCGAGUCAUUAGUUAUAGAAUAGUUUAAAAUCUUUACAAUUGUUUUUAUAAUUUAAUUAUUUAUAAUAAAAUAAGUUUAUGUAUAUUGAUGUAAGUUAAAGCCAUCUACGGCAACUUAAAUAUACGUGUUAAAAAUAAUUGUACCUA